CCGAUGGAAAUAUUCGAAGCGAUCUGGCAACUCUACAACUCGGUAUUGGCAGUCAGUGCAAAGUUGCCGCAUUCAACUGCGCAUUCCCAGAAGAGUUUGAUUUGAAUUAGACAAUCAGAAAAUUUCAUUAAAAUGUAUAUAGUUUCAACGUCGAAGAAGACAAUACUAUCGGAUUUUGCUGAUCUGGAAACGAAGUCGACAUUUCUACACGCCAAUGGCGAAGCAACAGACUUCCAGUUCAACGCACAGCGGUGCGUCUUUGUGGAGGUGGACAAAAAGGCGGGCUUGACUGUGAUGCGCAUUAAGGAGAAACAAGAAAACGUUCCCGAAAUACAGCGAGUGAGGAAAUUGACCAUUGAGAAUGCCUAUUCGGUUUGCUGUGCGAAAACUGCGUGCAAUCAAAUUGCCAUCGGACAAUCGAGUGGAUUUGUGAAGCUGUUUAAUUUCAGCACCGCUCAGCUGAUACACAGCUAUCCGGCGAAUCAGUCGUCCAGUACGGUGCUCUAUGUGGACUACAACUGCACGGAUGACUACAUUGCGGCGGUGCUCGAAGGUGGCCAGAUCAACAUCUAUGGCACCAGGACCAAACAGAAGAUGGAGUCGAUUACCAUUGAUGAGUACUCAACUCUGGCGCGCUUUCACCCCAGUAAGCGGUUCCACUUGGGCGUUGCCUCCUUUAAGGGCACCGUAACCGUGUAUGAUGUCCAAGCGAAGCGCUCGAUCUUCCACCUGGAGGAUGCACACGAUGCACCGUGUCGGGAUGUGAGCAUGUGCAGUGGGCAGCCUUCGUUGUUAGUCACCGUUGGCUACGACUGCAAGAUUAACAUAUUCGACAUACGACGCAGCAAGGCGCAGGCGCCAUCGGGUCGCUUGGAGUACACGCAUCCAAUGUCAACGGUGGCAUUGAGCGAGUGCGGCACCUACUUCUGUGCCGGCAACCUGAAGGGUGAGCUCGUUUCCUACGAUAUGCGCAGCACCAAGGCACCCUUGGCAGUGCGUUCCGUUCACGAUGGCUGCGCCGUCACUCGAUGCGCCUUUGUGCCAACACCGACUGAGGAACAGCAGAGCAGCAGCUUCAGUAGCUCAAAUAGUGUGACUAUGGAUGUGGGCGGCUGCAAGACGGUAAAAGUGGAGCCAAUGCCCCAUGAUGAGCUACGCAAAUCGAUUUCCGCCAAUUUGCUACUCACCCAGCAGCAGUUGGACUCUUUGGCAACACCGAAAGCAGCUCGCCAGACGCGUGAUUCAUUUUGUGAUUUUUUGGAUGCACAAAGACCACACGACUUGAAUCGCAUGUCCACGCAGAUGACAAAGACAACGAAAUCGACGCGUGAUAGCUUCGAUUGGGAGUCGUUGCAAUCGAAGGCAAAUAAUGAGGAACUGCGACAGACUAUUUAUCAGAACGGUUGUGGUCUCAGCUCCUUGGAUAGCGCUGCUAGCUCCACAGCUGAUUCGCUGCAACAAACACUCAGCGGCUCCUUGGGAGAGGGCAAUAAUAUUUCGGUAGAUGCCAAAUUGAAGAGAAUAAUUGAGGCGGAUGAGCAGGAUGAGUUAAUUGAGCAAUCGGUCAACUGUUCGGCAACAAGCAGCAGCGCUGCCAGCGAUAAGGCGAAUCCACAGUUGGCGGAUAUGGAGCUAUCGGCACCCACCAAUCUGUCCUCGAAUACAUCGCCGGGUAAGGAGCGUGCAGAGGAGCACCCACAGGAGCAGGAUGAAUUAGAUGAUCGUUUCGCUAAGCUGGAACGCGAACUAAAAUGGUCAGCUGAGAAAACCAGAUUUACCACAUUCUUUUGGGUCGCCAAAUACUGGAAUCAGCAGCUGGAGAAAACACAGGAUACAUGUAAUGCCAUAAAUCAGCUGCUGCAAAGAGAUCGAUUUGCAAACAAUUAUUUUGCUGUGCAGAAGAAAAACGAGAUGCUCAAGCAACAACUGAAGCAAUUAAUCAGCAGGCAGGAAAUGAAGGGCGAUAAAUCUGUCAAUGCUUGAAGCAUUUAUUAAAUUAUAAAAACAAAAAAAUUAUUGUUAUAAUGUUACCUUAAUUAUUGUGCAUAAUAAAUGAGCAGACUCAGCUGUUGGUUUUUGUGUGUGCGAAA